UACACUAUAUUGCCAAAAGUAUUGGCCCCGCCCUCCAAAUCAUGUGAUUCAGGUGUUCCAAUCCCCUCCAUGGACACAGGUGUAUACAAUCAAGCCCCUAGGCAUGCAGACUGCUUCUACAAACAUUGGUGAAAGAAUGGGUCGCUCUCAGGAGCUCAGUGACUCCAAGCGUGGUCCCGUGAUAGGUGGCCACCUGGGCAGUAAGUCCAUCCGUGACAUUUCCUGGCUACUAAAUAUUCCACGCUCAACUGUUAGUGGGGAUUAUAACAAAGUGGAAGCAACUGGGAACAACAGCAACUCAGCCACCAAGUGGUAGGCCACGUCACAUGACAGGGCGGGGUCAGCGCAUGCUGAAGCGCACAGUGCGCAGAAGUCACCAACUGUCUGCAGAGUCAAUAGCUAAAGACCUCCAAACUUGGUGUGGCCUUCAGAUGAGCCCAACAACAGUGCGUAGAGAGCUUCAUGGAAUGGGUUUCCAUGGCCGAGCAGCUGCAUCCAAGCCUUCCAUCACCAAGUGCAAUGCAAAACGUCGGAUGCCGUGGUGUAAAGCACACCGCCACUGGACUCUA